CUUUUGGGGAUCGUUUCGGGUCCUGGGAUCGUUUCGGGUCCUGGGAUCAUUUCGGGUCCUGUACAACACUCCUGUCACAUGAUACUCUUUUCGGAGACACUAUGAUAGAGUUAGAUGAAGUACUUAGCUUACUUUACCACAGAGUACAGCUGAAUAAAAUACUGCGGGCUCAGGUCUUCAACGUGUGACAAAAUGGCGGAAAGUAAAGGAGAAAGCGGAUAUUGCAGUAUCAAAUACCUUAGCCUGCUGAUCCUUACACUUCAAAAUGCUACCCUUAUAUUGACAAUACGCUACUCUCGUACUCUCCCUGGGGAGAUGUAUGUCUCCAGCACAGCAGUGAUUAUGGCUGAAGUGUUUAAAGUUGCUACUUGCUUGGUUAUAUUGCUUGUGAUGCAAGGCGGAGUGUUAAGCUGGCUCAGACACCUCUAUGACUCAAUCAUUGGUCAGCCUAUUGAUACUUUAAAACUUUCUGUGCCUGCCUUAAUUUACACAAUUCAAAAUAACUUGCAAUAUGUGGCCAUAUCAAAUCUAGAUGCAGCUACUUUUCAGGUGACAUACCAGCUGAAGAUUCUGACGACUGCCCUCUUCUCUGUCCUCAUGCUGAACAAGUCCCUGGGCCGACUGCAGUGGUUGUCGCUGGUCAUGCUAUUUGCUGGUGUAUCCAUAGUUCAGCUCCAAUCAAGCUCAACUAAGUCUUCUUCAACAUCUCAACCAAAUGCAACAAUGGCUCCCUCUGCAAAUCUUGCUACCAAACAAAAUGCCUUGCUAGGGUUUGGAGCUGUGGUCAUGUCCAGUUUAUGUUCUGGUUUUGCAGGUGUUUACUUUGAGAAGAUCCUGAAGGGGACGUCUGGGUCUGUGUGGCUUCGUAACGUCCAACUUGGCGCAUACAGCACUGUGAUUGGUCUAAUUGGUAUGCAGCUGAAUGAUGGUGCAAAGAUUGCAGAGAAAGGAUUUUUUCAGGGCUAUUCCUCUCUUGUCUGGAGUGUGAUAUGCAUGCAGGCUUUUGGUGGUCUGCUUGUGGCUGUGGUUGUCAAGUAUGCAGACAAUAUUCUCAAGGGUUUUGCAACAUCCUUCUCUAUCGUGCUGUCUUGUAUUGUGUCAAUCUACCUGUUUGCAUUUCACGCCAGCCUGCAGUUUGUAGUUGGUGCGGCGCUGGUGUGUACGGCUAUUUAUCUUUAUAGUACCCCGCCACAGCAACAACUGCCUCAAAAGGGCAAACUGACUCCUGCCUCGAAUGUGUAGUACAGAGGAAUCCUGAUAAAUCAAAUUGUGUAAUCCCAGAAAAGAUCCAAUCUUCCCAGAUCCCACCACCCACGGGGAUAGUAAAAAUUAUAGUGUUUGUGCGUUCACUCCAGACCACCACCCUUCCCUACAACACCAGAACUUCGAAUUCGCUCUCUCCCUUCCUAUUGAUCUUAUCUGGAAUUACUACUCUUUCUAAAAGUGCCAAAAAGUAGUGAAGUGAGUAUUUCAAAAAAAAUUAUAGCUAACAAAUGAUAUAGAGAUCGCGGGCCUCCAUCGCGGGCCUCCACUUGUGAUUUUAGCGCCUUACAUUGGGUUUGGGAGACUUCAGUCUCCCUAUUCAACAUGUCUGGGUUAUGGUAAGGGUCUAAGUCUUUUUUAUACAGAUGUGGUGAUGUAUACAUGUUUUAGUGACAGAACCUAAUUAAAAA